GAAAAUACACACUUUCGGACUAGCUAGCCUCGGCCGAAUUCGGAGUGGGAAUGUUUUUCUCAAAAUGGCGCUCGGACUGUGUAACAACGAGUAGACAGAAUAGGUGACGCGAAAAAUUGAAAAUUAACAACAAGAACUUGGUAUUUUUGUGAAAAUUAUAGUUGAAAAGUGUGCAUAAGGACUUAUAUAAUAGCGGUCAAUUGGAGUUUAAACUGCAAACACCAAAUAGCAGUGAAAAUUUUCAGUUUUUACCAAAACGCAGCUCAACGAGUUGCAGGAGAACGCGACGAGUCACGCAAGGCGACAGCUUUGGGCAACGGCGCAUAGAACGACCGGUCGAGCCGUUUUGCCGUGCAGCUACCACAGUCGUAAUCCAGCUAGAUACAUAACGCAAGACAAAGUACACAUUUGAGGUGCUCCAUUGAUUCGAAUGCUGAACGGGCGUUGGAGUAGUACGGGACAAGCAAAUAAAAUCCCCAAACUAGAAAUUUUCGUACUGCGCGUACAUUUCACCAAUCGGAAGCAUAGCAAUCAUCUAUAUAUAUACCACAUAAACGUUUCUUAAACAAUAUGGAUCCCAAUUCAAGUCCCUGGUCUUAUGCUUAUAAUCGCAUUGUGCCAUCUGCCUCCAGUACUGGUUCUGCAGAAGAUUUUCAACACCCGCACUUGGCGCCAGCACAGUCUUUGUUUCUACAAGCAGCACAUUCAGGCAUAGCUGCAAGCUUCAAUGCCGCAGCUGCUGGCAGCGGCAGUUUUGUGUCACCAUCGCCUAUCAGCGGAUAUAAUCCGGUAUUUCAACAAAUCUACCAUCAUGCAGCAGCUGCUAGCGCACAACCAAAACCGGCACAUUACGCUUCAAGUGCGGUCAAUACGCCCGUACGUCAAAUACAAAUCCCAUCAACGCUGGAUAAACAAUUGACGAAUUUCCAAAAUCAAGCCGCAGUUGCUGUUGUAUCAUCUGCUGCAGCAGCUGCUGCAAAUAAUGCAGCGUCUAAUUAUUAUGGUGAAAAUUCUUCGUCAAGCGGUGCAUCACCAUCGCCCACAACUUCUGCUCUUACAUCAACAACGCUCAGUUGGAAUACGCCGAUGAUAUCCAAUACUUUUUUGGCUAUGCAACAACAGCAGCAGCAACAACAGCAGCAACAGCACCAGCAGCAGCAGGCACAGCAGCAACAAUUGAAUUUAGUUGCGGAUAAGGUGCAAAUCAAACAGGAGAAACCCGCCGAUCUUAAAACUUAUAAUGACAUAAUUAUUUAUCAGACACAACUACAACAGCAGCAACAACAGUUGCAACAACAGCAACAGCAAGAAGAAGCCACUGCUUCAAUAGACAAUGAUGGUGAAAUGUACUAUACCAUCGAUGGUAAAAAUUAUAAAAUUGUGCGAAAAGGGCAGCAACAACAAGUUAUACAAGUAGAGCAUAUACAACAGAACGAUGUAAAUGCUACAUAUGCUGCUGGCAGCACAACACCAGCCCUUACCGUUGCAGUUGAUGGUGCAGUGUCGCCUCAUGUAAUCGUAUAUAAGACGGGUGUAGGUGCGGAAUCACCUGUCUUGCGGCGCAACGUUGCAGGUGGCAGCUCACCCGCAUCAACUGUGGCAUAUUCCUCUGUGAUACAAAGUACACCGCCACAACAGCAACAGCUGCAACAACAGCAACACGUUUCCGCGUGUUGGACUAAAAUCGAAGAUACAAAUGGAUCUACGGAUGGUGGUGGUAGCACAGAAGAUGUGAAAAAUGUUUUACAACUUCAAGUAAAGCAGGAGAAUCGUCAAUUGGGCUAUGUUACGGAUAACGAAGUGGGCGAAAGUUUAAUAUUUAACUUGCCACCUGGCCUAGAAAUUAAGCAAACGUUAUAUAAUCCGAAUACGAGUUCUUCUAUAGGUAAUGCGAGUGUUUUGCAACAUACACAACAACAAGCUCAACAACAGCAACAACAGCAGCUGCUUGUACAACAAAAUUUAUACAAUAAUAAUCAAAAAAUGCAGCAACAGCAGCAGCAGGUCGAAAAGCAGCGGCGCCAGCAUAUGGUGGCAAAUAUGCUGGUGUCGCCAACGGCUACUAAUAAUCAGCAACAGCAAACCACUGCCGCUCAACAACAGCAGCAACCACAAACUACGUCUUCCCAAGCGUCACAGAUUCAAAUCAUACCCAAGGUUGAAGUGGAACAACCAAAACAGUUGCCGGCGAAACCGGCCAAGACGCCGCGUAAACGCCAACCCAAAAAGACGCUCGUGACCAACGAAUAUGCGACGGUGCGCAGUCCUCAGCAAGAAGUCGUACAACACCAACAACAACAGCAAGCACAGCAGCAUCAUCAGCAGCAACAACAACAGCAGCAGCAGCAGCAGCAAACGCAACAACAACAACAGCAGCAACAACAAGCUACCUACUAUGACUUCAAUAGUAAAUGGAAUACACCACUGAAGAUUGAGAAUAAUACGCCUUCACCGGUGGCCCAAACGCCAGCUAUAAGCAUACCGACUUAUGUGAACCCACAUGCGGCACAACAACAACAGCAGCAACAGCAACAGCAGGCACAACAACAGCAGCAGCAACAGCAAGUUCAGCAACAGCAGCAGCAGCAACAACAGGUCGCCGCACAACAGCAGCAACAAAUACCACAACCGGCGCAUAUGCAGUCAUCACAGGCGCAAUCACAAGCGCAUUUGACGAAUUUGUCUUCAUAUUAUUCGAGCACAUUUCCACAACAAAUCGCCUCUCAGUACUCGGCAUGCAUGCAACAGAAUGCUGCAACCGCAGGCGCUAUACAACACACGCUAUAUAAUCUCAAUCAACAGCAGCAACCCCAACAGCCGUUGCAACAGUCACCGCAGCAACAGCAGCCGCAGCCGCAGCCGCAGCCGCAGCAACAACAACAGCCGCAACCGCAGCAGCAACAACAGCAAGCGCAAGCGCAAGCUCAACAUCAGCAGCAGGCGACCCAACAACAACCACAACAAUCUAGCGCAGAAACCACUUCGGCUGUUAAUGAUCCAAGCAAUAAAGUGAUUGUGCCCAAUAUCGAAGAGGAAUUGGAUUUUCUAACUGACGCGGUUGCACCAAAACAGGGCUAUGCGAACUCUUCUUCAACUACGAACAAGAAUGGACGCAGCGCCACCAAUUUCGGCAUACGACAUCCGCAAACCGAAACGCAAAGUGCUACCAGUACGCCAGCGGCCAGUUCGGUCGCAAAUAAUGGCUUGGCUGCCACGGCAACGCCCAAAGGUGUUGUCACGCCAGUUAGCGAACGCAAGCCCGUUGUCGGCACUUCCAUCGGUGAGAAAAAGACACAAUUCAUGGACAGCUAUUUAAAGUUCCUGCAGGGCGAGCGUGACGAUUCACCGCCACCGGCUGUGGUGAAGAGUGGUCGCAAGAUGAACUAUCAGCGUUCGCCGAGUGGCACUGCGGUGAAACGUAUAAAAACAGGCGAUGAUCCAGCAAUCGAUGCUGCUGCCGGCCAAGGAAACGAGCAACAACCGAACCAGCAACAAGCGGACGUGGGGGACGAACAAAACCCUGUCUUAACAGGGGAUGAUGCACAUCGCAUAAAAAUACUCUCCCAAACGCAAAUAUUACCGAAGAAGCGUCCACAGGCACAUAUGGCAGCCGCCGCAGCUGCUGCUGCUGCAGCUGAAACUUCAGCACCAACAACGACAAGCACCGCAUCGGUCAUUCAGCAUCCAGCUGAACAGCAACAGCAGAUACAACAUCAGCAGCAACAACAGCAAUCAUUCCGGCCGUACGGGCAACAACCUCCGGUGCAGCCGCAGUCACAACAACAGCAGGCACAACAUCAACAACACCAACAGCAACAGCAAUACUGUGCACAAUUGGGCUUUAGCGGUGGUGGCGGCGGCGGCAGCAGUCAAGAUCCACUCACAUUGCCGCCUCGGCGCGAGCAAGGGCUACGUAAAGCGAAACAGACAAGCAUGCACGCCAUGUUUAUGAGUUCGGGCAGUGCCGGUGGCGCUGGUACCAGCGCCUUGGCUGACAAUGAAGAUCAAGAGCCCGAUGAAUUUGCAGAUUCAGACACAGAUCCGGUGUGGACACCACAAGAAGAGGAUAGCGAUGAUGGCAGCAGAAGUUACCGCCGUAAGACGUCGCGUCGUAAUAAGAGCGCACCGCGAAAAUCUAAUUAUAAUGAAGAGUCGGAGCCGCAACAAACUCCGCUAAAUCAACAAGUACAACAACAACAGCAGCAACAGCAACAACAACAACAACAACAGCCACAACAGGUGCAGCAACAGCAAAAUGUUGAUGGCUAUACACCGAACAAGGCCAAUGCAUCUUCGUAUUCUAAUGCUGCGCACGAUGCUGAUAAUUUCAAGACCGGUGACUUCAUAGUUCUUCGUUCGGAUUUGGUCAACGAUUGGCCUAUCAUCUGGCAAGUGGAUACCCAAUGCAUUCUACAAAAAUACGAACCGUUUUGCCAAAAUGGCAAAAUGUUCUAUCGUAACAUGUCCAUGUAUUCGUCUUGGAAUCUCGAUUCUAAGAAGCUAUACGUUAAGGCGCCCGUGCGCAUACAGGUACAAUCGCACAAAGAGACUAUCGUGGAAUUUAUGCGAUCCGAGUUGAUAGCCGACGAUACUGAACAAUUUAUUGAGAAAAUCAUGGAAGACUUUUUGCGUUAUCGUGAUAACUUUGAAAUUUAUAUUCAAACAAUGAUAUCGCAAGUGCUUGAUCCCAGCUUUUUCUUGGAAAUAACUAGAGAAAAAGAUGAAUACUUUUUGGGCAGCGUCCGCAUCAUCGACAGCAUAAUGGACAAUUGCAAGCGUAAGUUACUUUCUAUUACGCCUUGGACGCGCAGUAUUAUUGUUUCGAUUGAAACAUAUCCCAAAUGUCAUGUAUUCACUGAAUGGGGUCAAAAUAAUUUGACCCAAAAGAAUUGUGGAGGCUGUCAUCAACCAGGCAUAUCAGUACGUUUUCUACUUUUCGGCAAUCCUUAUCAUGCCAACACUAUGCAGCCGGUCCCAGUUGAUACACGUUUGGCUUGUGAGAAGGAUAUACUUUUAUGCCGCAUUUGUGCUGCUCGCGCUGACAUUUUCCACAAGAUUGCUCAUGAGAAGUUUAAUUUGUAUAUACAUUGUUCGAGACGUGUUGCUGAGCAACAACAAGAAUAUCCUGGUAAAUCUUCUACGGAAAUUUUGAAUGAUCUACUCGCCGAACACAACUGGGUGGAUGAGCUAUUCCGCAACAUGCGCAACUCGUGGGCCGAGGUUGAAAGCUUAGAGCGUCAAAAACGUUUUCGCGAAGUUUCACAAUAAAAUGAACACGGUUAAGGCAUGCUAAUAAUUUACAUUAUUGUCUUUGGAAUUGGUGCUCACGUUCUGUCCGAGUUCAGAAUAAAUAUGCCGUGCAAUAAGUAGCCCAGCAAACAGCUAACGAAAUUCCUUAAAAACUCUAAUUACGCAAGCAAAACUAAAUGAUUAAAAUUACUACAUACAAAACAAAAAUUGAACGACAAAAAAUAUUCUUUUACAAACUGUUAUAAGCGCGUAAAAUGCAACAUAAUACAUUUUUGUGCAAGCUAUAGAACAGUUCAGCUAAGCUAAAUACAAAUAUAUACAUACACAUAUAAUAGCAGUUGCUAAGUACAUAUAU